GUUUGUUGAAAAGGGUGAAGAUGGGAGUUAGGAGUGUGUGCUGUAUUUUACUCAUUUCUCUGCUAAAGUCUUCCUCUGCUCACAAUGACUUCUUCACAUCCAUUGGUCACAUGACAGAUUUGCUGUACACAGAAAAAGACCUGGUGACGUCAUUGAAAGACUAUAUCAAAGCAGAGGAGAGCAAACUGGAGCAAGUGAAACAGUGGGCUGAGAAGCUGGAUGCUUUAACAGCGACAGCCACACAGGACCCAGAGGGGUUUUUGGGUCACCCUGUCAAUGCCUUUAAACUCAUGAAGAGACUAAACACGGAGUGGGGUGAAGUGGAAGACCUCGUGCUCAAAGACAUGUCUGACGGUUUUAUCUCAAACCUGACUAUUCAACGUCAGUAUUUCCCUAAUGAUGAAGACCAGACCGGUGCAGCCAAAGCUCUCCUCCGACUGCAGGACACCUAUCAACUGGACACACAGAUCAUCUCUUCUGGAGACCUGCCUGGUGUUACUACAGGCUUGCCGUUUAAAAGCACCAUGACGGUAGAGGAUUGUUUUGAGCUGGGAAAAAUCGCCUAUUCUGAAGCAGACUACUACCAUACAGAGUUAUGGAUGGCCCAGGCUCUCAAGCAACUGGAUGAAGGAGAAGAAUCCAGCGUUGAAACUGUGACAGUGCUGGACUACCUCAGCUACUCAGUCUACCAGCAGGGGGAGCUGGAAAGAGCUCUGAACCAUACCAAGAGACUGCUGAGUGUGGAUCCUGAGCACCAGCGAGCACUUGGGAACCUAAAGUAUUUUGAAUACCAGCUAGCCAAACAGAAGAAGGCUGAGAAGGAGCAGAGUGUCAAGGAAGAGAGCAAGAAAGAACAAGAAAAGACGGUUGGGAAAGGGGAAUAUCUCCCUGAAAAGAGGAAAUACGAGCAGCUAUGUAGAGGACAAGGAGUCAGAAUGAGCCCUCGCAGACAGAGACGUUUGCUCUGCCGUUACUACAACAGUAACAGACAUCCUUUUUACAUAAUCGGCCCAGUGAAACAAGAGGAUGAAUGGGAUCGUCCACGUAUCAUCCGUUACCAUGAUAUUAUAUCAGAAAAAGAAAUGGAGAAGGUCAAGGAGUUGGCCAAACCAAGGCUGCGCAGAGCCACCAUCUCCAACCCCAUUACUGGUGUUCUAGAGACUGCCCAGUAUCGCAUCAGCAAAAGGUAAGGCUCCUGUUGGCCUGUAGCACAGCCAACCCACCAGUUCUCCCUGCUGCAUGCUGGAAAAGCAACUAGAGC